CUCUGGGCGGCUGCAGGGGGGCCGGGGGCGCAGGAAGGCGGGGAGCGAGGGCGACCGCCAAGGCGCCCUGGUCGCACUCUGUGGCUCAGGAGGCAAGUGAGCCAGGAAGUCCGGGGGGCAGGAGCUUGAAGCGCUUGAGCGCCGGCCGAGAGGCGUCCCGGGCAGCGGAUUCCCUCCAGGCCUCUCCUGCGGGGUUUGGUCCUCAGCCUGGGCCAGUGCGGGCGCUUCUUGGAGGCAGGCGGCUGGAAGGGAGCUUGGGGGCCCUGCUGCCCAAUGUCUCGUGUGUCGUGAGCUGCUUCCUUUCCGCUUCCUCCCUUUCGGGCGUUGGGGUGCUCGGACGUGUCCUUUCAAAAGUCUCUAAAUUGGAUACUUGGGGAGUCCAUAUGGCUGUGUAUGAUGAAGACCUGUUGAAGAACCCUUUUUAUCUAGCUAUGCAGAAACGGCGUCCUGAUCUCUGCAGGAAAGUUGCAGAAUUCCACGGAAUUGUGCUAGUUCCAUGCAAAGGAAGUCUUUCAAGCAGCAGCAUCUCAGCUUGCCAGUUUGACUCUUAUGUUCUGAAGUCUGUGGAAGAAAACUUUCAAACUGUAAAUGGAAAGGAAGUCUUCAUACAAGGAAGCUUGAUCAUCCUUGGGGCUGGCUUCAGCCCUCGUUGCUCAGUGCCUGUUCUCUUUGAGGAAACAUUCUACAAUGAGAGAGAAGAGAGCUUCAGCAUCCUUUGUAUCGCUCAUGCGCUAGAAAAAAAUGAGAGUGAUGAACAAUCCUCAACGCCGUCAAGCUCUUACUCCCUGAAAAACGUUGAAGAUGUGAGAGAGUUCUUGGGCAGACAUGCUGAAAAGUUUGAUAAAGCCAUUGCCUCUUUCCACAGGACUUUCAAGGAUCAUGACAGGAAAAUCCUGCGGCACUACAUAGAUUCUGUAAAUGCCCUCUACACCAAAUGUAUUCAGCAGUUAUUGAGAGACUCGCACCUUAGGAUGCUUGCCAAGCAGGAGCCUCAGAUGAAUCUGAUGAAGCAAGCUGUGGAUAUGUACAUCCACCAUGCUCUUUAUGACCUGAUCUUUAAAUAUGUGGGGACUAUCGAGGCGAGUGAGGAUGCAGCUUUCAACAAAAUUACAAGAAGCUUACAAGACCUGCAACAGAAGGACCUGGGUAUUAAGCCUGAAUUCAGCUUCAACAUUCCUCGUGCGAAGCGAGAGCUGGGCCAGCUGAAUAAGUGCACCUCCCCACAACAGAAGCUCCUCUGUCUGCGUAAAGUGGUUCAAAUCAUAAUGCAGUCUCCAAGCCAAAGAGUUAACAUGGAGACCAUGUGUGCAGAUGACCUUCUCUCAGUCCUGCUGUACCUUCUUGUGAAAACGGAGAUUCCAAACUGGAUGGCAAACUUGAGUUACAUCAAGAACUUCAGGUUUUGCAGCUCAGCAAAGGAUGAACUUGGAUACUGCCUGACUUCAGUUGAGGCUGCAAUAGAAUACAUCCGUCAAGGAAACCUCUCGGACAGGCCAACAGAAUCUGAAGGAUUUAGUGAGAAGCUAUUAUUAAGACAAAGAAUGAAUUUACUGUCUCAGAUGUCCAACACCCCGAUAGACUGCUUGUUUCAGCAUGUUGCUUCAGGCAACCAGGAAGAAGCAGAGCGCUUGUUAAGCCAAGGGGACAACGAUAAGGACACUGUGCAAAAAAUGUGCCAUCCACUCUGUUUCUGUGAUAAGUGUGAGAAGCUGGUUUCUGGGAAGCUGAAUGAUCCUUCCAUUGUGACACCGUUUUCUAGAGAUGACCGGGGAUUCACUCCGCUUCAUAUAGCUGCAAUAUGUGGGCAAGCAUCUUUAAUUGACUUGCUAGUCUCCAAAGGAGCCAUCGUCAAUGCGACGGAUUAUCACGGAUCAACGCCACUUCACCUCGCCUGUCAGAAAGGAUACCAGAAUGUUACUCUUCUCCUCCUGCACUAUAAGGCGAGUACAGAAGUACAAGACAAUAACGGCAACACACCCCUGCAUUUAGCUUGCACUUACGGCCAUGAGGAUUGUGUCAAGGCUUUAGUCUAUUACGACGUUCACUCUUGUAAAUUAGACAUUGGCAAUGAGAAAGGAGACACUCCUCUUCACAUAGCUGCUCGCUGGGGUUACCAAGGAAUCAUCGAAGUGCUGCUUCAGAAUGGAGCUAACCCAACUAUUCAGAACCGAAUAAAAGAGACUCCUGUGCAGUGCGCAUUAAAUUCUACGAUUUUGUCUUUAAUGGAACUGAACUACCUUGCAUUUGAAAGAGGGCAGAGUGCUUCUCAGUCCCCAGCCAGAUCUUCUCAGGGUGGUGAGGACUCCAUCAGCCAACUAUCGUCCAUCUCCAGUUUAUCCUCAGCAACAACUAGACAAGAAGAAGCAAAAUCUAGUUAUAAAGAGGUGGAGAAACUGUUAAGAGCAGUUGCUGAUGGAGACCUUGAAAUGGUGCGCUAUCUUUUGGAAUGGGUGGAAGACGAUCUAGAGGAACCCGAAGAAGCCGGCAGCAGCAGCAUGGAGAAGCUGGAGUUCUGCCACCCCUUGUGCCAGUGUUCCAGAUGUGGCCCUGUGCAAAAGAAACUCUUCCGAGUUCCCUCCAACGGCCUUGGAGUGAACAUCACAAACCAAGAGGGCCUGACACCGCUGCACGUGGCCUCGCUCCAUGGACGUGCGGACUUGGUCUCCCUCUUACUGAAGCACGGAGCCAACCUCGAGGCAAAGGACGCUCGCCAUGCAACACCUCUCCACCUCGCCAGCCAGAACGGGCACUUCCAGGUGGUAAAGUGUCUGAUAGAGUAUAAAGCUAAACAAAAUAAAAAGGACAUUUAUGGAAACACUCCUUUAAUUUAUGCCUGCUUGAAUGGCUGUCUAGAGGUAGCGGCCUUUUUGUUAGAGAACGGGGCCUCGGUUAACCUGUACAACAACCAGGGCAACACACCUCUCCAUAAAGCUGUGAUCGGGAGCUACGAGCCUUUGGUACGGCUCCUGCUGCAGCACGGAGCAUCAGCACAUGCUCGGAACAACAGACAGUGCACGCCCCGUGACUACGCUGAGCCUAAAUCGGGUAUCCUUGAGCUGCUGAGGGCCGUAGUAACCUCAGAAGAGGGAAGAAAGACUGACUGCAGAGCUCACGUGGCUGGGAAGAGCAGAAAAAAAAUCAGUUUUAAAUCUCCCGAGAUAGCAGACGAUCUCGUCGCCCGGCGUCUUCAGCUGGUCCAGUCAAUCAACCGCUUUAACAAGUCAAAAGACUUGCGGAAAACUAUAACGAGAGAUAAAAGUGUCCCUAACUUUAAUGAUGAAUUACUACACCAGUUAGCUAUUAGGAGCUUUGAUAAGAGCAAGCUAAAGCCCGUGGAUCCUUUAAAACAAAGCAGGAUGCAGAUCCUUGACUCCGGCAGCAGAGGGGAGCCCACACUGGAUGAAGUUGAGUCUGAUGUGGCAACAGCACCUCUUAGAAGUAAACUAAUGCACCGGAGACACACGGUUAAUGUGGCCCUUUCAGAUGCAGAUGACAUCCACAAUUUAUCCAGAGAUCCCCAAGUUUCUUCACUGGAAGGCUGCUCCGAUGAUUGAUGCUUUCAAAAACACUGGCAAGGAAGCAAGUUUGUAAACCAAAAACAGCAGCAGCAGCAGCAACACCAAUUGGCGUCAGUUCCACUCCCUUCAAGAAUCAAAGAAUCCUUAGGAACAAGGCAUUCAAAACUGCAUUGUGAAGACUGGCAGGAAGAGGAACCUCUCCUCUCUCAACCAACAGAGUUUGCAGUUGGAGACAGAAGUGCUGUUUAUUUGCAGUUGGAUCCACAAAACCCAACAGGUGUGAUCCAUUUUAAACACACACACAACUGAGAUGUAUAUUGAGAUAUCAAAAACUAUGAGACACAUUAGUCUGUACUUGAACUCUUGAAAUCAGAGAUAACUGUAAGGGGUGUAAGUUUGGAACAGAAUACCUAUGGGACUUCCAAGGCCAACAGAAUUAUAGUUUGAAAAGAUAGCUGUUUCUUUCCAUUUUUGCACUGCUAGUUUGCACCAGUUGUUGAAAGGAACUGCACACACCGGCAGCAUAGUUUGACACAAAGGGCAAGAUUGCACAGAUCCUUUGGUUCUCAUUUAUUUUAUUGAAACAUGGGCCAUAUAUGGGUAGUUGGAAGUGAGGGCGGUUAUAGUCACUGUUUUAUAAACAAAGGGUACAUCAUCUUAUGGAGGAGAGCAGGACUAGCAGAGUUGAGACUUGGAUUUUGAAUCAUUUUAUUUUAUGUAGCAGCCCACAUAAGUGAACAUAUUCUCAAAUACUUGUAUCGAGACUACAACCUUACCCUGUUUAAAAUAGAAAAUAUGCAUGGCACAAUAAUACAAUUCCACUAAAUGCAAUGAGUCUAGCUGGAGAGUACAUCUGUAUCCACCGGGUCUUGGAAGAGCUGCUUAGUUGACCUUACUUGAAAAGACACUUCCAGAUUGAUAGAUGGGGGCACUUUUAGUAAUGGAGCGUCAGCUUUUGGUAAACAUUCCAUUCUUUGUUUUUAUUUUUAAGAGGGAUUGAAUUAUCACUUGAACAGCACAAUAACUUUUGUCAAUUCCAAUUUUGUUUUUAUGUAAUAUUUGUAAACAAUACAUUGGGUUUUUAUUGUUUAAUAUUUCUCUGUUCAGAAUGUUAGUGCAAGGUAUAUAAAAAGGUAGAAUGCUAGAGGGCUCCUGAAGGACAAGGAAAAGUAUAUUUUUCUACUAAGUAACUGAGUUCACCUAGUUUUCUUACAUGCCUUUGACUUGUGCCAAAUGAUGGGAGAGAGAAAGAAAUAGUAAAAUUAACUAAUCUAUGCUCCUAAUGUGGGACUCUUUAUUUAUGGUAAGUCGUGAAUUGCAGCUUGCUGGUUGAUGGGAGCUGCUGCCAUAAAGCAUUUUCUGAAAACUUUAUAGCCUGUUGCUCAUGUCCCAGUUUUAGCAACACAGAUCUAGUUGCACGAAAGUGUGGGUGCUUCUUCUGGAAGCAGGAGAAAAGCAAUGCAUUCUGGGUCAUCCUAAGCCUCCACUGUAAACAAGUUCCCUUGUAUACAAUAGUGAAAAGUUAUCAAGUUUGAUAUGAGCAUUGUUUUCAGUAUUAACUCUGUAGAGGGGGCAGGGAGCAACAUGUAUUGGUAUUUUUAAAAAAUCAGUGCCUAGUGCUUUACAACACCCAGAGACACGGGAAAUGGUGUCUUCCCUGCUUUAUCCCAAAGAAAGAAGCAUUUGGCCACUCAAAAUUUAUUGGCUACAACUUGAACAGCCACAGCUGUAAACAAUUAGUGCAUCAGUGUGCCCUAAUUAUAGUGUCUUUAAUGCAAUUACAACGGACAAAUAAUUGCUCUCUACAAAUCAGGUUUCUUUAUGGAAAGAUUUUAAUAUGUUUCAAAUCUCUUACUAUAUAUGUUCCACUUCCAUAGUGAAGAAGAGGGCCAAACCCCUCCUCCUUUUACAGUCUGCCUUACAUGGGAUGUUGGUACAGUAGACAUACAAAAACCAUGUCAUUUUGCAUUCAACAAAAAGGCACAACCUGAAGUCACAAUGGCACCAUGAUGGCCAGGGGAAUUAAGCAGCCGUUUCAAUAACUGCCUGAGAAACGGAGGCAGUUUGGAUAAGAACAAAUAGGUUUUGUCUGCUACCAACCUUUAGCCUGCGAGAUGUUGCUGAACCACAGUUCCCAUCAUCUCUGGAUACUGGCCAAGAUGGCUGGAGUUGACAGGAAUUGCAGUUUAGCGACAUCUGGUGAGCCAAAAGUUCAUCACCUGGUCUACACAGUUCUGUGUUGAAAUGAUAUUUAAGAGAAAAUCCAGCUGCUGUUAAACCCUUAAAUAUUUUUAAUACGAAAGAUUUAAGCACAUGCUUAAGUCUUCUGUUGAAAUUAAAAGGGCUUUAAGGAUCCUGACUUAUGCUAUUAGCUAAUGUAUGGCAGGGGGUGGGGAAAGACAUCUCUUGAGGGAAAUAUUUCCCAAGCAGACAUUAUUUCAAGCUUCAUUGUGUGCCAACCAAGAUUUAUCUAAUUUUCAAUGCAAUGCAACAGAUCAUGCAGCAAGAUACUGUAUCAUGAAACCAUAUUCUGAUCAACAACCAACCCCUCUGACUUUGCUUCAGUGGUGCUGCAAGUGUUCCAGUACACCCAAGCGGACAUGACAUGUAACUCACACAUUACAUCAUGAUCCUUUAACGUUUAAACCAGUAGCCUUCAACAUUUGGGGACCAACACACACAUCUGGGGUCCAGUUUCUUAAUUUUCUAACCUAUCUGUACAGUGGUAGUGCUCCUGUUGCAAUCUACCUUAGAUCAGGCCCCAACGUGCCAGUUGAAGA